AUGGACACUACAGCUACGGUUUCAAAAUGGAGCGGACUGCAGUUCAACACCAGAAAAUGCGCCACGCUGCAUGUGGACGGCAAACAACACCGAGCUAUUACUACAACCUUCAGCCUGAAUGGAGAAACUAUGAAAACCUUGGACAUGGACCAAUCUUAUGAAUACCUAGGCAUCCCAACGGGUUUUCAGAGUUUCAGUUCGGCCGACGAAGUCAUCAGGGCGAUGAGGAGGCAUGCGGAGCAACUGAACAAUUCGUUACUAGCCCCCUGGCAAAAGGUGGACGCCUUAAACACGUUCAUCAUGCCGCAAUUACAAUUUCACCUCCGGAACGGUAAAACCACGAAAAAACUACUUUGGAUAUACGACCGGGAGGUGAAGACUUACGCCAAGAAGUGGGCCAAUCUGCCAAAGCGAGCCAGCGCUGAGAUCCUAUAUCUCGCCUACAAAGAGGGAGGCUUCAACCUGCUACCAACCUCUUUCUUGGCAGACAUCGGACAGGUCGUCCAUGCGCACAGACUGCUCACGUCCAACGAUGACAGCGUCGCAGAAGCAAGUCUGGCAGCGCUGAAGGAGGUUGUUCGGAAGAAAACGAUCAGAGAGGCCACGCCGAAGGAACUCGUUGACUACAUCAACGGAUCUGACGAAGGAUUGGUGGCAAAACCGAGCAACGACAUUAGUUCGACAUGGACGAGACUCAGAGCAGCCGCCAGACGCCUAAAGGGCAAAAUCAACUUCCUCCUCGAAUUGGACUCACUGCAAGUGGACGACAAGCGCGUUGAGAGACAGAAUUCAGAAAGCGCACUAAGAACAGCGGCGCGGAAUCACUUCCGCAACAAACUUAUACUUAAACCCGACCAGGGAAAAGCUAUGGAAGUGACAUCGGCCAACUCUGUCUCCAACCACUUUAUAAGAGAUGGCAGUUUUACAAGAUUUGCCGACUGGCGUUUCAUACAUAGAGCCCGUCUGAACGUACUGCCGUUGAACGGGUGCCGAAGAUUCGGCCAGAACGACAAACGGUGCAGACGAUGCGGACACCAGAACGAGACGCUGCCGCACGUUCUGAACCACUGCCGUCCACAGUUUGCCACCAUGACGAAAAGACAUAACGCGAUUCUAAACCGGUUGACGAAAGCAAUGAAGGUGCCACCUGGAUCCAGAACGUUUAUUAAUCAGCAGAUCCCGGGAUUUAUUGGGACUGAGAGACCCGACGUAGUCAUUUAG